AUUAACAUAUGACAGCACAUUAUACUUCCAACAGUUGUUUUUUCUAGUCGCAUUUUGUCAAUUUUCGUGCAUUGGUUUGUUUUUAUUAAAUCAUUUAUUUAUUGAAAAUAUCAAUCACCAACUAAGCCGCGGACCAUGCAUUUUCCUUACAUGAAAAUUGCCAUCUACGUGCUAACGUUUCUUACCUACGCAUACUCGGGGUAUGGCUCCAGUACGAUUGUGCAUCUGCGAGACGCCAUCAUCGCGGCAGAGGCAAUAUUCGGUGAUGUUUUCAAGAAUCUAGUGACGGUUGUCAGGAAGUUCCGCACAGUGCAUGAAGUAUUCGAUGCAGCGGUGGACGAGAAUUGCUUAUUUCAAUGUACAGGACCAGAUGGAAAACCAACAGAUGUACGUCCCGUCCAGAAUAAACUUUACACCCCCACAGCCGAUGGCUGUGGCUCGCUUGGUUUACGCAUCAACACCGAAUACUUGCCCGCGGUAGAAAUGGAGAACUGCUGCAAUGAGCACGAUAUUUGCUAUGACACAUGUAACAGCAACAAGGAGCUAUGUGAUUUGGAUUUCAAGCGCUGUCUUUACAAGUAUUGUGACACCAUUGAUAAAUCCGUUGGUAGUGAAUAUCUCAUAACCAGUUGUAAAGCUGCUGCCAAAGUGCUAUUCACUGGUACCUUAACGCUGGGUUGUAAAUCAUAUUUGGAUUCGCAAAAGCGUACAUGUUACUGCGCGCCGCCUAAGCAAUCGAAAGAGGAUGGGCGGGGCUACAACGGAUAUAAGAACGGAAAUGGUGAUAAGUAUUAUAAGCAGGGCAAGAAGCAGAAAUAUGGCUGGAAGGAUCCAAACGAUAUGUAGUGCUGCCGCUGAGUUAAAGCAGUAACUGCAUUACGCGUUUUCUUUAGCAACUUUUUUUCUUCAUGUUAUUGUUCAACGCACACAACUUAAAUUAAUUAAAACACAUUUGCAAUAGUAUUUUGAACAUACUGCUAAGAUGAGAGAGAGAUGUACAUAGUCAAAUGUAUUUUUUAGAACUUGAAACCUUUCGAGUGAAUUUAUUUACAUAUUUGUUUAUUUACCAUUAAAACCAACGAACUUGUCCAAGGGAAGAUAUGUAUUUUAGAUUUUA